GUGAACCUUAACAACUCACCAGAGACUAUACCAGACCAACAAGAAUGGCUUCCUCAGUCCUUCAGAUGAUAAUGGCCAUAGGACUGCUUACUUUGAUUCUUCCCUGUCAUGCUGAUGAUAAGCCAGUAGUCUCUGUUCCAAAACAAGAUUCAGAACUCCCAUCAUUCUUAAAUUCCCUGGGCACUGGAAUCCUUGAGUCUGCAGUGGAAUAUGUUCUCUCCUCAAUGGCCCGGAGAUCUGGAUUUUCUGAUGUGGAAGAUAAACCAGAAAAGACUUCAUAAAAAGAACUGGAUGCCAAUCUCAGCUCCUCAACCAGACCAGGCCCCUCCUUUCCCUCAGCUUUCCUGGUUGUCCAGCCCAGAGACCCUGAGCUGCUGUUAUUGCUUUGGAUAUCAGUAGCUCCAGUCCCCUGGCUCAGCCUCAGAAGAUUAUGUGUAAAUGAUCACUCUUCCCUUCCUGGAAGACAAAAUAAAGUCCAUAAACUCAUGAUAUUGAGUCAUUACAGUGACAAGGUAUUUCUCUCAAUGUGUUGAUGCUCUUGAUAUAAAAAUAUCAGCACCCCACUGAUAACCACAAUAGGCACUGUGUCUAGAAAAAGGAAUGCUUCUCAGGAACUCCAUUUCCAGAGAGCUGGGCCCUUUCUUUGGGAGUCAACAUGCGCUAUAUCGAAAAGUAUGCUGAGGAGCCCAGUAUCCUUUGCUUCCUCCAUUAGAUUCCAUCAUGACAAUGUAGUAAUUGUGAUGGAAUUUACAUUUGAUGAUUAAAGGUUUCACAUAUUUAGAAUUAUAUUCUCUCUUGUAAGAUCUCUUUGAGCUCUGACAUUCUAUGCUCUGUGUUUUAAGGCUCCUUCCACCUCUUGGAUUCUGUGUUCUAUUACAGCUCUGAGAUUCUGUGUAUGGUGUUUUAAGACUCCUUUUAGCUUUGAUAUUCUGCAGUUAUGUGACAUAGUCCCUUUCUAGCUCUGGGCUCAGUUUCCUACCUACUCAUCAUCCCAAAAUGUAUCAAAAUAUGGAAAGUAUGUCAAAGUGAUUUGUUCUUAAAAUUAUAGUAAUAAUAUGUCAAUGUGCUUCAUACUUAAAAUAAUAAUUAUUAUAAUUUUCAUUAUUAUUAUUUAUUAUUAUUAUUUUGUCUAGUUUUAAUGCCACCUUCUGCAGGAGGUAUUUCCAAUCUCCCUAGGGGCUGGUGCCUUCCCAUCUGACAUUGUAUCUGCUUUGUAUGUGUCUUAUAUAUGCCUGUAUAUUUAUAUUUUUCCUCUGUCCUUAGAAUGUAAUACCCUUGAGGGCAAUGACUCUGUUGCCUUUGUCCUUGAAUCUCCAGUGAUUAGCACAGUCCUUAGCAUGCAUAAACAUUUUUAAUAAAUGUUAAGUGAUCACUUGCUUA